CCGCGCUCCCGGAGCGGUGCAUUGUGGAGGGCGGCCGGCGGCGCUGGGAGCUGUCCAAGGUGCUGCCGCACCGCGAGUCCCUGCAGCUCACCCGCCCGCCCUGCUCCUCCCCGCGGCCGCCUCGGCGCCCCGCGCGCGGCCGGCAGCACCAUGGUGUUCGCCCCAGGUGAGAAACCUGGAAAUGAACAAGAAGUGAGGUUACAGAAUGCCAGCAAGCAGAUAGUGCAAGCUGCUAUCCUACAAGCUGUACAACAAGUCUCCCAGGAGAAUCAGCAAAAGGAGAAGAAAAUAAACAGCAGUGUGAGCCUCCAGCUAGAAAGAGGGGAAUUAACCAAGAAACAUGAAAAGAAGUAAAGGCAUGAACCCUUUGUUCUGGUCCUCCAGUUUGAAAUAAUUCCAGCCUUCCUUUUAGUAUCAGCUGUUGUUGCCAGUGCAAUGUUACUACUGUAAAGCAAACCAAAGUAUAAUCAGCACCUAGACAUAGAGUAAAACUGCAAUAGUCCUCAGCUGAGAAAUAUUAAGUGCAUUAGGUGACUAACUUCAUAUUUAUGCAGUGCCUCUUAAACAUAACAGAAAACAAUAUUAUAGCUAUACAAGUAGUUUCAAGCACAAUCUUCUCUAAAGAUAGUUUUGUAUCCAAAAGCUUAUUGUUACUGCAUUUCUAUAUGAAUGUUGUGUGCUUCAUCUGUGUCUAUUCAACAGGCAAAUAUCUUCAUACAGUUAUGGCCUUUCCAAGGAUUACCUGUGUCAGCUGAACUGUGUGUUGUGGCGUGCUGGAGAAGAGCUUGAAACAUGAGUCCGUAUUUUUUUUAUUGAGGCUGGGCUGCACAAAAUAGGAGCAGUAAAAUGGAUUUGGAAACUUCCAAGAACUAAUCUAAUUUCAACCCAAGAAAGUGUAAGGUCUAGAACUAUGAUCUAGAACUACUGGGUUGUCCUUUUUUUAAGUAUCCUGAAGCUGGUCUAAAUGUUUAAUCUGCACAAAAAUCAUUUGUGCCUUUUCAUUUUGUCAAUAUUAAAAGAAGACAGACAGAGGAGGUAUUAUACAGGUGCCUAACUCUUUCUUUGAUUUUGCAAACAUAUCUAUGCUUAGAUUUAUAAGAAUUAAAACUAAUGUUUAAAAUAUUUAAAGAUUUUUAAUUUAAAAUGUAUGAAAAUUCUGGUGGAUGAAAAUACACUGUGAAUUAAUCUGGGCAUUAUAGUCAUUUCCCAUUUGCUGGGUCUAAAAUAACUUCAGCUCUGUACAAUUUUCACAUAAAUUCACUUAAAUGGGAGUACACUUGGUUAGGGUUGGUACUUAAAUUCCCUUAAAUGCUAUUUCCAAAUUUCUGUAGAAGUGUACAAUAGCCAUGGGGAAAAAAAUAUUCAAUACUACUUUCAAUUUGUGCUCAACUAUUAAACUGUAGGUUGUAUUCCUGUGCCAGUGACAUGAAUAAGUGGUUAUUCAGGUCAAGGAAUGACCUAUACUGUUGCCUCAACAGAAUGUCUCUAUUAGUGGACACAAUGACAAGCAGGGGCAUGUGAUUUGCAGAGCCACAAACUACAUGCGUGGAAUGUUAAAACAUGGCCCAUGCUGCAAAUUCGCAAUGCAGGGGCAAAAUUUGCUACUGGGAUUUCCAGGUAGCAAAAAAAAAAGUGCUAGGAAAAAAGGCAGCACAGCACAUGCUACAAUAGCGUGCACUGGCACAAAUGGAGGUUUGGUCCUCCAGUGAGACACUCUGGCUGUCAUCCAGAGUAUCUCUAUACUCCAUUUCUGCCCCGGCUACUCCAGCAUCCCAGGGGUCAGGAGGAGCUAGACAAGGGCAGUUUGUCCUACAACAUAUUUAUGCUGCUAGUAUUUGCGCCCCUGCAAGUGAAUGCCCUGGCACUUCUGGACACGGCCAAUGGGUGCAAGCCAUAGUUUGCAUAGAACUAUUUCAUUUGGAGAAGGGGAGACUAGCUUUUCUAACUGCCUUUGCUACUCAUGGAUAGGUUUCUUAGAGAAGCUUUUGGUUUAUGGAUGAAUUGGCUAUUACACAGUACAUCGCACAGCUAGUGCUGAAAACCUUUAGGGGUCUUUCUAGUGGCUGAAGUCUUAACUUCUUAAUAUCCACACAUGCUGUAAUGCUAACCUCCUAAAUCUGCAUGGUUGUAAUGUCUUUAACUGAUUAUUUACACUAGGUAAUAAUAUAUCUUAUUUUACUUAGGUAACUUAAUCUAUUUUAAUCUAUUUCAACAGGCAAAGAAAAAAUUCCAUAUGAUAAAACUAGUAUUUCUUAGCCCUUAAAAUAUGAAAAAUUGGACAGCCACUAAACAGCCUUCACUUACUCAUAUCAUAGUGCAUUUUACCAUGUAAAUUUUCCGAGUGAAACAUCCAAAAGCUAAGAGAAGGCACAAGUUAGUAGAUCACAAGUGCUAGCCUUUGGUUGAGGGAUGGCUCUUUUCUUGGCAAUCAAUAUCUUACUAAUCUCUCAGAAAGUUUAAGGAUCUGGCUCAAGAGUUAAUGGCCAAGUUUGGUGGGCAGGCAGGGACUAUUUAUGAUACGAUGUUAAGCUGGAAAGAUUUUAGCACUGAACGUGGCAUUUUCCAUUUAUUAUAAAGUUGUUUUUACAUUGUCUUUUUAACCAAGACAUGUUUUGUGUUGCACAACUUGAAUGGAUGGGAAAAAGGAAAGCAAUGUUCAGAUUCCCUAGGCAACUUUUUCAGAGUGCUAGAAAAGAGACUGGGGGAAGAUAAAUGUAGAGCUCAACCUAAGACUAAGAUAUGACAUAAAAAGUUACGUUUAAUUUCUGGUGUGAGAUCUAUCCAUACUUUUUGUUCAUAAUUUGGCAACACACUAAUUAUAUUGCAUAUGAAUUUUAUUAAGACCUAAACUGAAUAUUGCAGCUACAGUUAGAAUAUCUUGCAUAAUUGUUCAUAAAAUCAUAAGAUGGGCAGACAGCAUGUUAAUUCAAGUCUUUUUUUUUCAAUGUCUAACUGGCUUCCCAAUAUCACAACAGCAUCCGAAAAUGGAAUUUCUAUCCACAAUAAUAAACAUAUGCAAAUUA